AGUGUCAUUUUCUCACAUAUACUUCACAUAAAAGACACAACCAUACACUUAAUACCUUGCCAUCUCUCUCUUUCUCUCUCUCUCUCUACAACUCCACAACUACUCCUAACUCACCAUAGAUUAAGCAAAUCUCAUCUCAAGAAAUCUUGAGUGGGAAACAGAAAACCUUCAUAACCAUCUUUAGAGCUUAGAUCACAUAAUAGAAACAAACCAAUCACUGUUUUACCCUCACAAGACCACCAUACCAAAGGUUUAACUAGAACCUUCAAGAUUAGAGCAAGAACAAGCUCUAGGUCUUCUUGUCUAGUCACUAGUUCAAGACUUCAAGUCUUGAACAUUUUGGUGAUCCAAAGAGAAGUGAUUUUGGUAAGUUGAAUGGAGCUUUUUCCGGCACAACCAGACCUCUCUCUUCAAAUAAGUCCACCCAACACCAAACCCACUUCAAAGACUUGGAGAACAUCAUCAACACCAACUGAUCAAGACCAACACCAUGAUUUGGAUUUGGGAAAUUUGUGGAAACAUGCCAAAAACACACAACAUGGCUCAACAAGAAGCCAUGAACCCUCUUUUGGGCUAGCUUUAUCAAACCCUGGCUCGACUCACUCGACUCCUUCCGACCUAACCCACUUCCACAAUUUCAUCUCUCGAAACACCAACAUGGCCACAUCGAAUAUCUACCCCUACCAAAAUCACCAAAACCAUCAUCUUGGGAUUAACUCAGAUUUAGGGUUCUUGAGACCCAUAAGAGGGAUUCCAAUUUAUAAUUACCAGAAUACCCCUCCUAACUUCCCAAUACUUUCUCAUCCUCAUCAGACAAAUCAACCUUUGUUAAAUUCUUGUACUAAUUCUACCACUACAAGCUCUACAAUUUAUGACAAUAAUAUGAACAAUAUUGUUAGGUCAAGAUUCUUGUCUAUGAGGUUCCCUUCUAAGCGUUGCAUGAGAGCACCGAGGAUGCGGUGGACUACUACCCUUCAUGCUCGCUUUGUCCAUGCUGUUGAGCUUUUGGGUGGUCAUGAAAGAGCAACACCCAAGUCAGUACUUGAGCUAAUGGACGUCAAAGAUCUUACUUUGUCACAUGUUAAAUCUCACUUGCAGAUGUACCGAACCGUGAAGACAACUGACCGGGCAUCAACUUCUUUAGGGCAAUCUGAUAUAUACGAGAAUGGUUCAUCUGGCGAAAAUUCUGAUGAUAUGAUGUUCGACACAAGUAAAACAAGAACGGCAGAAUUAUCAGUUGAAAAUAGAGGAAGAUCUAGUGAUCACCAGGAGCAAGACUAUCAGUAUGGGCUAUGGAGCAAUUCAUCUAGGGAAGCUUGGUUGCAUGAGGAACAUAGAGAUUAUGAAGGAAACAUACCAUCUCUUGAGAAGGAAAUGAAUUCAAAAGUUCUUCAUUAUGAGAGAUUGUCAGAAGUGAUCUCAUCAACUCCCAAGAAACCCAAUCUGGAGUUCACAUUGGGAAGGCCACAUGAGUGACAUGUGAUAAUGAUCAUAUAUUGAAAGAGAAUCAGGUACCACUGCAAAAAUUAGGAGAGAAAGGAAAGUAAAGGAAAGAAAAAGAAAGCUAAAGAAAGACAAGGAGACAGGAACGACAAAAGCAACGAAGGGUGGAGGGUUUGUAUUGCAUGUCCUUACAUUUUCAUUAUAUUCAUGGGUACGAAGAUAUGAAUGAAAUCCAGUUAACUUUUCUAACAUCUGUUCUGAGUAUAUAUAUUCAUUAUGAAUGAAAGUUAACGUACAAUAUUCAUUAACGUACGUUAUAAAACUUAAAACCCUAAUCACACAUGUUGAAAAACUAUAAAUCACAUAUGUUGAAAAAACAUAAUCACGCAUGGUUAUGGUUUUUCAACAUGCGUGAUUAUGGUUUUCAACAUAUGUGAUUAUGGUUUUGAGUUUUAUAACGUGUGUAAUUUUAUAUCGUACGUAUCGUAUGUUAAGGAA